AUGAAACACCCCUGCUCGCACAUAUUCCAUGUCGAUUGUAUUACGAGUUUUGAAAGAUUUUUGCGGACGAAUCAGCACGUGUGUCCGCUUUGUCGGAAACAGGACUACCAAAAGCGGUGCACUACCAUUUCCUCAGCUUUUCAUCGCGAGCACAGUGCCAAGCGAAUUCAGUUUUACAGCUCCGGCAAAGGUGACUCUGUUCGUCGUCGUCGAUUUUUCGCGAACAGAGUAAGAAGAACAACAGAUAGAUUGGUGACUGCGAUGAGCAAGCGCGACGACUCUGUUGAUGUUCUACUUAAAGAGUUCGACAAAUCGCUCAGAGUAAGCCGCCACGUGUUCCAAGAUUGCUUCCCUGAGACCAAGACUGGACUUAUGUUACCCGAAGGCGACGACUGGCUCGCCACCUUCAAAAAGGUUCGCAGAAAUGCUAACGCUCGAGACGAUCGAGAGUGUGCCAUUUGUAUCAACGGGUUCAGCUCAUCAAUGGAGGGUGUGUUGCUCCUCAGUUGUUCGCAUGCCUUCCACUCGCAAUGUCUUUCUGCAUUCGAAGACUUCAGUAUCUAUGAGGUGUCGUUGUGCCCAGUCUGUCGCGCUAGCUAUCGCUCGCAUACAUGGCUACAUCUCGCACACCUCAAACAACGUCAAAGGUGCUUACGAACCUAA